AUGGGGAACCAGGUGACCCGCUCCGGCGAGGACCUGAUUUCGGAGCUACCUGAGAUCGUGCGGCGCGAGCAGGUCGGCACAAACCGUCUCAUGAAGUCCUGGCACUGCUCCUUACAAGGCACGCCAGUUCUCGUCAAGGUCUACGCGCGACCCCAGGGGCCGCAGGCGGCCGAGAGCGAGGCCGGCGCGUCCCUCGGGCGCAACGUCGAGGCCCUGCAGGACGCCCUCAAGAAGUUCUCCCAGCUCGGCGCCGCGCGCCACCUCGCCGCCGGCGCCCGCGUCAUCGCCACGCCCGCCGCCGUCUACGUCGUCCGGCCCUACCUCUGGUCCACGCUCCACGACAGGCUCGCGACGCACCCCUUCCUCACGCACCCCGAGCGCGUCUGGGCGUGCUACCAGAUGGCCGUCGCCGUCGCCGAGCUGCACGCAGCAGGGUUGGCCCACGGGGACCUCAAGCUCGAGAACUUCCUGUCCGUGUCCUGGGGCUGGGUCGUCCUGUGCGACCCCGCGCCGUACAAGCCCGCGCAGCUCCCGCACGACGACCCCUCGGUGUUCUCGAACUAUUAUGAGAAGCCGCGCGCGCUGCGGAGGUGCCACAUCGCGCCGGAGCGGUUCUGCGGGGAGAACGUGGGGCGCGGCACGGAUGCCGAGAACGAGGCCGACGCGACCGUCGCGGCCGCGGCGGCGGCGGCCGCGGGCGCGGGGCACAGUCGCGAGAGCGACGUGUACGCGCUAGGAAGCUGCAUGGCGGAGCUGCUCCUGGACGGGCGCUCGCUGUUCGACCUGUCCGCGACGCUGCGGUACCGCGACGGCGAGCACGACCCGUCGCCGGCGCUCGCGAACCUCCCCGGCGGGCCGGCGCUGCAGGGGCUGGUGCGCCGCAUGGUGGGGCGCGACCCCGCGGGGCGGCCGACCGCGGCGGAGGUGGUGGCGGAGCUGGCGCGCGACGUGCUGCCGCGGUGGGUGACCGCGGAGCUGGACCCGGCGCUGCAGGGCCUGCUCACGCUGCCGCCGGGCGAGCAAGUCGAGGCGUUGUGCGCCAACGAGAGAUUCGACGCCAUAAUUGCCGCCGCGUGCGAGCCCGGGGGGUUCGGGCCCAGCGGCCUCGUGCUCCUCAUCCGCGCGAUCUGCACCGUCCUCCGCGGCGCGGUGACGCGCGCCGGACGCAUGCUCGGCCUCCGCCGCCUGACGCAGGCUGCCCUGGCCGCUGACGACACCGCUCGCCUGGAACACGCCGUCCCCGUGGUGCUCGAGUGCUCGCGCGACUCCCGCCCCGCGGUCCGCGUCGCCGCGAUCCAGGCGCUUGUGCGCAUCAUGGCCGCCGUCGAAGCCCUCCCCGAGGCGCAGGACGGGUACUGGGUCGACUUCAUACACCCCGCGGUGUGUCUCCUGUCGCGCGACGCGCAGGCGUGCGUGCGCGCGGAGUUCGUCGGGUCCCUCGGCGCGCUCACGCGCGAGGCCAUGCGGCUCGCGGCGCCCUGCCGCGAGGUCCGCGCGCGCCAGGUCACGGACGCGCUCAAGCGCGACGUGCUCGAGGCGCUCUCCAUCGUCGAGGCCGGGAACUCGGCCGUGCGGCGCGCGAUCGUGUCGUCGCUCCUCGAGGUCUCCACCGCGCUCCCCGUCGCGCCCGUCCGCGACGCCGUCCUCCCGGCCAUGCUCCGCCUCCUGUCGGACCAGUCGGACUGGAUGCUGCGCGCGCUCGUGCUGCGCUCCCUGCGCUCCUGGUGCACGACCGUCGCGGCCGCGGCGUCGCCCGCGGUGUCCGCGACGAGCCCGCGGCCCACGGACGGCCGGACCGCGCGCACCGCCGUCGACGCGCUCGCGCUCCCGUGCAUUGACGUGGGCAUCAGGGACUCGCAUCCAGGCACCGCGGCGGUCGCGCACCAGGCCCUCGCGGACCUCGCGGCCGCGGGCGCGGUCGGGCGGCACGCGGCGUGCACGCGGCUGCCGGCCGUGCUGCACGCGGCGCGGUCGGGGCAGGGGCCCGUGCGCUGGGCGGCGGCGCGGGCGGCGUGCGCGAUGAUGCGGUCGUUCGACGACGUCGACCGGAUCGCGUUCGCGGUGCCCGCGCUCGAGAAGGUCGCGGAGCACACCGUGCACGGCGUGCCGGAGUCCCCCGAGGGCCUGGUGGAUCUCUUGACGCGAGCGGCCAACCCUCGGAGGGAGGAGGGGCCCGUGGCGAGGGAGAGGGUUGAGGCGACGAGGCUGGCGCUGCAGCUCCUGCCGGGCGCGUGGGGCCGGCGGACGGAGGUCGAGGCGAAUCUGUACAGCACGGCACUCGGCGACGGGGCGGCGCGGUGCGUGCCAGGACUGUCGUCGCACGCGCGCGCCCUCGACGCCGCAGGCUGGCAGCCAGGCACGCCGCACCAGGCUGCAGGGGAGCUGUUGCUGCGCGGCGCGCAGUCCGAGGGCUCCGUGCGGCUGAUCGACGGCGGGAGGGGGGACGGAGCAGGAGCGGACGUGCGGCAGGUGAUGGAGGCUGCCAUCGGGGCCAGCGGGGCGGGCAGCCGCUGGCGGGGCCGGCGGCAGACGCGCGUGGUGUCGCGCGGCGUGCCCGGGCACAGGUCGGAGGACCCUCUGUAUCCGCGCGGGGUGCUCUACGCGCACAUGGGAGCGCACCAGCAGCCGAUCAACGACCUGACGGUGAGUCGCGAGGGCGGGUGGGCUGCGACCGCGAGCGACGACGGCGCGGUGACGCUGUGGGACUGCAGGAACCUCGCGCACGACAUGCCGGUCGCGCCUGUGCUUGUGUGGAAGCCGGAGGGCGAGGCGGAGGAGGGGGGGCUCCCCCCGCGCCGCACGACGUGCCGCAGCCUCGGCGCGCGGCGCUUCGUGGCGGGGUCGUCGACGGGGUGCGUGCAUCUCGUCGACGCGGACGUGGGGCGCACGGUGCGCGCGGACCCCAUCCGGGCGUCGGACGGGCGCGUCCUGCGCGCGGGCGACCCCAAGGACAGCGCGAGCGUGGCCAGCGGCGCGUCGCGCGCGAUCGUGCGCAUCGAGGGCGCGGGCGGCGGCGCAGGCUCCCCGAGCCAGCUCCUCGUGUGCGGGCUGGCAUCCGGAGCAGCGUGCGCAAUCGACCCACGGGCGCCGCGCGAAGCGUGGCGGCUCAACCACCCGCCGUCUGUCGGGUGCCUGACGGCCAUGUGCGUGGGCGGCGAGGGCGGGGAGCCGUCGUGGCUCGCGACGGGGUCUUCGCACGGCCAUCUCUCAGUGUGGGAUCUGCGCAUGCUCUCCUGCGCCACGCUCUCGCGGCGGCACCCGUCCGGCCUCGCGAUCGUGGGCCUCGAGGUGCUGCGCGCGCAGGGCGGCCGGUCGGGCGCGCGGGGCGUCGCGGGGCGCGUGCCCGAGGCGGACCAGCAGCGCAUCGGGCCCAUGGUUUACGUGUCGACGCCGGCGCCGGGCGAGGAGGUGGCGUUGUGGGACGUGUCGGGCGGGAGCUUCGUGCAGGUGUACCGGGUGUGCGGAGUCGACGAGGAGUGGGCGCCGUCGGGGGCGUCGGCGUCGGGGCCGGUGGUCACGCCGGCGUGUUUGGGCGAGGCGGGCGUGGGGCACGGCACGGCCUCGGCGCCGGCGUCGCGGCUGUCGUACGUGCAGGGCGGGGCGCCCCGGCGGUGCAUGGCGCGGGCGAUGCUGUCGACGGUCGGCGGGCAGCUGCUUACGGCGGGGUCGGACCGUACAGUGCGCGUCUGGGACACGACCAGGCCGGAGCGGUCGUACGUCAUGUGCGCGCCGUACGGCGACAUCCUGGACGCGGCACACAUACAGCUGGCCUCGCAGAUCUCCCGCGCGCGGCCGCAGAGGCCCGCGAAGCCGCGCACAGGCCCCACGCAGAUCUGGCACGUCAUGCGGCACCAGUACAGGGUGCGCCACCACGGCCGCGUGGCGAUCGUCGAGGAGCAGCUGCACUACCCCGACCCCGCCGAGGCGCUGCACAUCCUGCGGGAGGCCGCGGGGGAGCCGCCGGAGCAGGGCAGGAUCCCCCACCAGGGGCCGUGGUUCACCACCACGCGCGAGCGGAUGCGGCGCAUGGACCACACGUGCCAUCAGGACGCCAUCGCGGCGCUCGGCGUCGUCGACGACGUCGGGGCGCAGGGCACGCGGUUCGUGCUCACGGCGGGGCGGGACGGCGUUCUGAAGGCCUGGAAGUAG